AUGCAGUCCCAUGCAAGAAAGCGGCCUCGACAGAGCGAUGAGUGUAGUCUCUCCACGAGAAGUAACAGUUGCGGCAGUGUUCCCCUUCCUGGAAAACGUUCAUCAUUAUCCACUCCCAAUGUACCACCUGCGGCCUUUCCACUUUCUUCUUCUUCUUCUUCUUCUUCUACGCAUGCACGCACUAUCCCAUUAACCGCAGCAGAUAUGGUUUGGGCCCAAAAAACAGCGGAGGUGGAGAAACAACUCGUGCAAUUAGCUCAACUGUAUACACAGAAGACACAGGAGAAUGAGGUGGUGUUAGAUGCGAUUGAAGAGAUGAUUGCAGCCCAUGAAGUGGAAUUAGCGGCUGUUGUUUCCGAUAGUGAUGCCCACACACGUCAACAUCUCAAUGCGAUGGAAGAGUUACAUCAACAGGAACAUGCAUGUUUAACUGAGAAACAACAGGCAUUAGAAGAAAUGGAAAUAUUACGUCAACGCCACAAGGAACUCAUACAAACACGGGAACAUGUACAAGAAGAAAUUGUCGUCCACUCCGAUGCCUUGGAACAGGCAUAUAAAGCGUUAGAAGUGCAAUCACAAAAGACAGCAGAGGAGCAAGCGAAAUUAAAUGCUGUGUUGAAGAAAGUACAUGUGAUGGAGGAUAUCUCUUAUGGUCUCACGGGUGAAGUGAAGGAAAUGGUGUUGGAAAUGGAACGCAUGCGAAAAGAAAAAGAAGCGGCAGAACAUGCAGCGAAGGAAAGUGAAGUCCUUCGUCGUCAGUUGUAUUCACAAUGUGAGGAAUUAAAGGGAACCAUUCGUGUUUAUUGCCGUGUAAAGGGAGGAAGUGGUGGUAUGAAUAGCAAUCAAACAUGUAAUGAUAAGAAUACUCUUGCUGGGAAUAAUGAAAUGAUUUCUUUGAGUGAUGCUACUCGUGAGGGAUCUGUUUCUUCACGAAGUACAAUUAGUUCAUCCACUGAUUUCUUACAUAAUCGUACUCUUAUUCCUGGUGGUAGUAAAAAAGGAGGAUUGGGAGGAAAGAAAAAAGGAAAUCAACCGUUAUCACAACAACAACAACAACAACAACAACAUGGACGAUUUGCAUUUCCACAGGCGGGUGAGGAAAUUCAACGAACGCUGUGUUUAUGUCAAUCCCGUAAGAAUGCCACCUCGACGGGAACACAGGAAUCUAGAGAAACAUUCACAUAUGAUCGUGUCUUUGAUGGGACUUCCACACAAGAGACGGUGUAUGCAGAGGUGGAACCACUUGUAAACUGUGCUAUUGAUGGAUAUCGUGUUUGUAUAUUUGCCUAUGGACAGACGGGAUCGGGAAAGACAUACUCCAUGGAGGGAGAUAUUGCGGAUGAGAAACAGUGUGGAAUUACACCGCGUGCUCUUCGCACAAUAUUUCGUCGUCAAGAGGAAUUAAAAGCAGAUGGAUGGAAGUAUAAACUUAGUUGUUACUUUGUAGAAAUAUAUAAUGAUGUGAUACGAGAUUUACAACAAGAUCCAUCCAUCUAUGAACCCGGUGGUGUGGCGGCCUCACAACCAAACUAUCAUGUGAUUAAACACCAGAAUGAAACUGGAUACACAAGUGUAAGUGGUGUGGCUGAGAGACGUAUUCACUCCUUUGCAGACUUCCAACGACUCUAUAAUGCGGCGAUGAAGAAUCGCAGUACGUGUAAGACAAUGUUAAAUGAUCGAUCCUCUCGUUCUCACUGUAUAUUUGUACUUCGCAUUGAAGGUGAGAAUGCGGAGUUGCGGCAACGCAGUGAUGGGAUUCUUUGCCUGGUGGAUUUGGCCGGUAGUGAGCGGGUGAAUGAGUCUGGUGUGCAGGGCCAACAAUUUAAAGAGGCAGUGAAUAUCAAUCGCAGUUUACUGGAUCUUGGUAAGUGUAUUACGGCUUUAAAUAACUCCAACAGUGUGGCUCCCUGGCGGAACUGCAAAUUAACAUUUCUACUGCAGCACUAUUUGGGUGCGAAGGGUGGGAAGAUGCUCAUGUUGGUAACGGUGUCGGAUAAGGAGGAACACAUGGCGGAGAGUCUCAACUCUUUGCGGUUUGCAAGUCGGGUGAAUCAAACCGUUGUAGGACCAUCUGUAAGGCGGGUAAACAAUUAUUGA